AUGUGGUUCACCGUCAAGGACAAGUUACUAGCUUUCUGUAUUGCUCAUAGUAAGAGAAAUUACAAUGAUAAGCGAUAAAAAGUUAACGAUGAUAACAAAUGACAAUCCAAUUACAAAAGGUGAUAACCCGCUUUACAAAAGGAAGAUAGCUAACCGACUGUGACCCACUGAUCUAAUCCCGUUUUUACUGUGAAUUGCGCGCAUUUUACUCGAAAUGAAGAGGAAAGAGGUGUAAGUAAUAUUUGACCUCAAAAGAAAGGAACAUCUGUAGGGCGAAAGGCAAAGCACGGUUGAAUAAGGUAAAUACCACAUUAAGUCGACCGAUAUUACGACAUUAAUAUAAUAGUAGCCGUACAAAAAAUUUAACUUUAAAAGCCGUUGUACAAAGUUAAAAUUAUGUAGGUAUAGGGGCGUAUAUUACUGUGUAUCACGAGUAUAUGUUAGAUAUUAUAGUAGUUUAAGCAUGAAAAAUCUAUAGUAAAUUUGGUUUUAAAGAAAAAAAUGUAAAAAUUUUAUAAUUUAGUUGAUGAAAAAAAUUUUAUUAUUAAUUAUUAAAAAUCAAUAAUAACAAUUUUCAGGCAAUACCCAUCCCCCAACACCAGUACAUCCCGACCAGAUACCAACUCCAACCACCGUACUCCCAGAAACUCCUACAAAGAUCAUCAAAGAAGCCACAGAAUCUACUUAUUAUGGUUCAGAAAGCCUCAAAGCAGACGAAUCUCUCCCAGAUUCCAGAAGAUCCGACCGUACUGGAUCUCAAAUGUCAUCAUAUCUCGAAGCCAGUGACAUUAUGGAAGAAACCGCGUCCAUCGUGACUUCGGCUUCGGAAGACGAGUUCAGAAGUCAGGUAGCGUAUCUGGAAAGCUCGGCUCAACUUGAAGACGAUGUGUUCUUGGGAAAAGUGACGGUAGCUGUAGCUGAAGAAGCCAUUUUUGUGGAGGAAAACAAUCAGAUUAACCGAGAGACCACAAGAUAUAUGAGUCAAGUUGUGAAUGUGUUUGAGAUACAUCUCAGCGAUGUUCAAGCAGUGGUUCAGGUGGAGGAAGGGGAUGUCAAGGCUAAUGGUUAUGUAACAAAGUAAGUUUUUAUAGUAAUAUUAGGGUAAAGUAAACUUAAAGUAAUAUUAGGUUGUUCAGUUAGUUCUGUGCCUACUCUCAAAGCAACUUUUUGGGUUUUGGGGCACACAACUAUUUGAACAACAUAACAUAGAACAUGUAAAAUUUACUUUUUGAUGUUUUAAUACUAUAGCUGUGUCUAGUAAACUGUUCACAUAAUUCUGUGCUCUCUAACCCUUCAAAUUUGCUUUGAGGGGGGGGGGGGGGGGGCACAGACUUAUUUGAACAACCUAAUAGUAGUAAAAUAUAAAAAAUACCUUGUUGCAGUGUGAAUCUUUACGAACGGUUUAAAAUACGGUUUGGUGAUGUGAUUAGAGACAAGUCCACGUUAAGAGCAACAUCCCCAAUCCCAGAAUACAGAUUGUUGGAUACCAAAGUUGUUUUUGAUUUACUGGGACAUGAAGGCUUUACUACGUUAAAGGUGAGUAAUUUUAUAUGUAAUACUUAUCGAAUUUCGAAAGUUUUAAUUGAAAGAAUUGAAAUAAUUUUUUGAAUUUAAAUGUAAUUUUUGAAAGUAUAUCUUUAUAUUGUUAUAGAUCAAUGUAAAAGAGAUGGAGAUCAACUUGACUGACAUUAUCUUGUCACAUUUGGGACCAUUCUUCCAAGUCGAACAAGAUGACGACGAAAAGUUCCAACUUCAUUUGGAUUUGUCAGACAGCAAGAUCCGAAUUAAGGUAUGUGUAAAAUACUGUUUUUAACAAAAAUGGUAAAGUAUUGCAGUAAGGUGUUAUUGUAUUAAUUGUAAGUCAGGGGCGUCGUUACGAAUUUUCUCUGAGGGGGAAUCAUGUCACAUAUACUUUCGUAUUUUAGGACUCAAAGAAGAAGAAUCCUCUCCGAAUAUCUCUCGGCCGAAUUGCCAUCGACGACGGUCCAAUCAAAGAGGAGGAAAAUGAAGAAUGA